AUGGACAAAGGAAUUGGAACCCCGACAUUGCGCCGUGGAGACAGGCCUCGACAGCCGCCUGUGAGUUUCGACCCGAGUUCAAGCAAGGAAGUGAAGACGACACAGGAAGACCUGGAAUCGGAGGACAACGUUGAAGAACAGCCAUCCACCAGCCCUGUGAAAGAAGGAGCGUCGUUUUUAUCAAGAGUGUGGCCUUUUGGGAAGAAAAGUGAAGCUGCGGCUCCAUCCACACGAUCAAGUUAUGAGAGGAAACGACUCCAAGCCAAAGCAGAGAAUCAAAAGAAAAAAGCCUUGCUAAUUGCAGAGAUGAAUGACCUGCAAGAGAAAAUGGAAAUUGAACAGUGUGAGGUCGACUCCAUGGAAGAAAUGCUCAAGAAGAAGAUGGAGUUGCUCGACGCGAGUCAUCCACUCCACAUCCCUGAGAAUGUUUUGAAGAUGCAUCAAGAAAUUGCAGAUUUAAGUCAAGAGCUUAGUGAGAAGAAAACUAAGACGAAGAUUUCAGCCAUUCGUUCCAAGAGGAAAAUUGAGAGGAACAAAGGAGAAAUCGUCUGCCUUGACAUGGACAUGGCAGUAGAUUUGGCUGAAAUCGACGAGCAAGAGGAUCAGCAUUUGGGGUCUGACGACGAUGAUGCUGGUGCAGAAGGGACGACAAAUGAAUUUGAAAAUGUGAAGAGAGAUGUCAGCCCUGUAAAUGAGGAUGGAGUUGGACUUGGACGAGAUCUGCCCAUCUUUAGUGGACGACCAGAGGAGUGGCCCUCCUUCAUCGCCACUUUUAAGAGGACCACCGCGUCGUGUGGAUUCACGGAUGCGGAGAAUGUCGAGAGGAUUAGGAAAUGUCUUCGAGGCGACGCCGCCAAGAGUGUGGAGUGUUUACUCGUUUCGCCGAACUCACUCCCAAAAGUGCUCAAGAUUUUAGAAGAGAAGUACGGGCAAGCGGACGUUAUCCUUGAGACAAUGGUAAAUAAGAUGAGAACUGUCGGCGCUGUAAAAGAAGAUAAGCCGCAGACCAUGAUAGAGUUUGGCACCGCCGUCGUGAAUUUGGUGGCGACCAUCAAGAAUUUAGGAGAACUGGAUCAUCUCAAGAAUCCAGUAUUAUUACAAGAAUUAGUGAGAAAGCUUCCCCCUACAACAAGGAAUGUCUGGGAGAAGAUUGUGAUUUCCUCGCCUCAGAAACCAACUUUAGAGGAGUUUGCUGAUUGGGUGGAAAUCGAAGUGAAAGUUGCGUGCCGAGUGUGUCCUCCGAAGCCACCCGACACCAAGAAAGCAGAAGACAAGAACAAGAAUAAGUCCAAAGCUGCAAAAGACAAGCAUGAAGAAGAUGAGAAGAUAGCAACUGCAGCUGGACUUUUUAGUGGACAGGCAAAGAAGUCAUGUGUUUUCUGUUCCAAGUCAAACCAUGAAAGUAAGGACUGUUUCAAGACCGAGAAGAUGUCUUGGGAAGAAAAGAGUCAUCAUUUAAGAAAGGCAGGUGCGUGUUUUAAGUGCUUCCGACCUGGACAUAGGAAGGAUAGCUGCAAGUGA